AUGGAGACACUCAUCUCGAUACCCCUUGUCCUUGGGCGCGAGCAAACCCUUCACAUCUGGCAGAAACCGAAAAACAGCGGCGGCGGACUGCUAGCCACUCUUCAAUCUCUCGCCAGCAGUAUCUCGCGCUCCGGCGCCAUUCACGUUCAGCAUGUGUCCGCCAGCACACCUGCCGUGCUGGACGUCUGCGCAUAUGAAAAGAUGUCGCACAACGUGACGAAUAAAUGCUCCGACAAGACGCAGACGAUUGUGAUCAACACGGUCAGCGCAGAGCCUGUGCAGAUAUAUCUGCGCUGGCCCAAGGGGUCCAAGGAGGUCGGCUUAGGGCGGCUGCAUCUACAGUCGGGCGACUACAACAUCAAUCUGGAGCUCGAUGCGCCCAGCGUCCCGGCCACGGCCACGCACUUGUCGCUUGCCGAUGUCGAUUUCGUGCCAGCGCGAGAGUUUAUCGUGAGCAGCAAUAGCGGCAACGUCAGUGGCCUAUUUCCCAUGGAGGACGUCCUCGACGUAUCCACCAACUCUGGCUCUGCGAACCUGACCCUUGUCCCGUUAUUCGACAAGCCGUCUCACGCGAGCAAGCUGUCCAUCAAGACCAACUCGGGCAGUCUCCGCAUCAAUGCAGCCCUCGACGCCGUCAGCGCGCGCACGCACUUUCCUAGCCGCGAUUCCAGCAUCGUGCUGCAGACCUCCUCGGGCGCCAUCCGCAGCGUCCUCGGCAUGACCCGGUUCACUACGACCAAGUCCAAUAGUGGCUCGCAGCAUCUCACGGCGCUUCUCGCGGACCACAGCCCUGAUCGGCGGUCCGAUUUUGCGAGCACCACCAACAGCGGAUCGCAGAAUAUCACCAUUGUCGCAGCUGCCGCCGCCGCAGCCGCCGCACCAGAAGAAAAAUCGGCGGGCGCGGAAAAGGCAGACGAGACGGGGUUCGUGUGCAAGCACAAGUCCAGUAGCGGCAGCGUCCGCGUCGCCUACCCAGACAGCUGGCAGGGCACGGUGGAGGCGUACAGUAAUUCGGGGGGCGUGGCGGUCGUAGGAGAGGGCGUCGAGACAGACAAGGUUCGCAAUCGAGUGACGGGCGUCAAGGGCACGCCGAUGCACCACACGGAAGUUGGCGCGAGCUCGGGGAGCAUCUCGGUCAAGUUUGGGUCAUCGUAG